AUGGCCCCUGAGCUGCGCAAAAGAAAAUCAAAGCCUGCUGUUGCAGAGGCGGAGAGAGAGACACCAUUACCCCCCCGAGCGAAGAAGACAGCCAAGGCAACCAAGGCUACCAAGACCACCCCGAAGGCCGAGAAGCGCAAAGCUCCUGAGGAUGCUUCCCCCGUUGCCGUAAAGAAGCUUAAACCAAGCAAGGAUGUCGCCUCUAGCAAGAAAGCUGCUGCGCCAGCCGGCGACAAGGCUGCCCCAACGAAGUCGGCAAUGAAGAAGAAAGAGAAGUCAUUGAAGGACAAGUCCCCCGCCGAGAAGCCAGAGAAGAAGACCGCGGAACUGGAGAAGCAGAAAAACGGCGAUGACGUGUCUGGCGACGAAGAGGACGUUGACGAGGAGACCAAGGCGCUGGUGGAGACUCUCGACAGCGACGAUGAGGGAGAGGAGCAGACCCAGAUCAGCACGUACAAGAAGGGCCAAGACGUCGGCAAGAUUCCGAAAGCAAAAAAGCCGACCAAAUCCUCUACCAAUGGUAGCCAGCCGGGUGUCAUGUACCUGGGGAGAAUCCCCCACGGUUUCUACGAGCACGAGAUUCGGGCCUACUUUGGCCAGUUCGGCGAGAUUACGAGGCUCAGGGUAGUUCGGAACAAGAAGACGGGUGCGAGCCGUCACCGGGCCUUCAUCGAGUUUGCCGAUGCUGAGGUGGCCGACAUUGCCGCGCGCACCAUGGACAAAUACCUCUUGUUCGGGCAUAUCCUGACGGCAAAAAUUGUCCCGCCCAGCCAGGUACAUCCUGAGCUGUUCAAGGGUGCCAAUCGCCGUUUCAAGGUGGUGCCCUGGAACCAGAUGGCAGGCAGGCAGCUGGAGCGGCCCCUGUCCGAGUCCCAAUGGCAAGCGAGGAUCUCCAAGGAGGAACAAAGGCGUGCCUCUAGGGCGGAGAAGUUGAAGGCCAUGGGCUAUGAGUUUGAAGCUCCUAAGCUCAAGCCAGCCGAGGCCAAGCCGCUGUUGGAGAACAAUACUGAGGAGGCGCCAAAGGCUAUAGAGGCCGCUCCCCUGGCCGAGCAAACCGAGUCUAGGGAUAAGGAGAUUGAAGCGGCCAAGUCUAAGGAAGCCGAACCUACAAAGGAGGCGACGCCUCAGAAGAAGAAGGGAAAGAAGGGCAAAAAGACAAAGUCAUGA